CAGACCAUGCUCCGUCGGAAGCCCACUCGUAUCGAGCUCACAACCGAAGACGUUCAGGACUACGAGGCGAUCAAGAAGAAAGCCGAAGAGAACAGGCGAAAACAGGAGGAGAUCGAACGCAACAACCGCAACUUGACUAAGGCGGCGGAGAAGAAAGCAGCCGCGGAGGCGGAAGCAGCGGCAGUAGCAGCCGCGGAGGCGGCGGCUGCCGCGAAGGAGCCAUCUCGACGGCAAGUGGUGGCCUCUCGCAUCGGACUCAACCGCCCAUAGCCGGGUGCCCGCGCAUAGUCGAACGGCCGAGCAAUGUUUCUUCGCGACCCCUGGGACAAAGAAUUUCGACUGUUCCCAGUGCCGCCAGAGCAGCCGCCGCAGGCCGGACUGUCGACGACCGACGCUACCGCUGACGCCGCCCCGACUACUGCCGGUGCUUCUGCUGCCGGUAGCAUCACCUCCGAGUUGACGUCCCCACACGGCAAUGUCUUGGUAGAUGUGGGCUUCUGGGCUGACCCGAGGGACAGCGGAGACAAGCGACCAGACCCGGCCCAGCUGGUUGACGAGGAGUGGGGCGGCACGGUAGAGGCGGUCGCCGUUGCCUUGUACGUCCGCUCUGGCUUCCUGGAGUCCUUCGAGCUGGGGUACUCGUUCUGUAGGUUUGGCUGCUGCGGCGACGGCAGUGCUGCGCAAACGAGUGCCAGAGACUCCAAGCGUAGAUCUUGGUUUUCGGCCAUCGGCGGCAACGGCGGCCGCUGCGGUGGUGGCGCGCCAGAACAACGCCGUGGUCCGAAAGGCAGCAAGUUCAUGGGCUGCACUACUUUGACCGAUGGCAAGUACGUGUGGCCGGAAGGCUUGGCGCACUACAUAGAGGAGCACGCGGUGCGCCCCCCAGACGACUUCGUGACCUUCUCUCUGCGAAACCUCCGGGCGCUGCGGGAAGCUCAGGCGGGAGGCCGGCUCCACUGGGAGGUGGAUGAGAGGGGGAGGGGGCGGAUGGCGCGGCUUUCACCCGGGACGGCGGUGUUUUUGAAGGAUAACACCACCCUGGGCAUAGCUCUGCCGCCCGAGCCUGAGGUUCGAAAAACACCGUCGGGUGGUAGCCGUGAAGAGGAGCAGCGGUGCUCGUGUAUGCUACCGCGGUGA